AUGACUGAGAUGAUAGCUCAGAAGGGGGCAAUGAUGCAGAGAACUGCCGCUAUUGGUGCCAUGCCCAAUCCUCCUGUUGAUCCUCCAAAUUUUCAAAUUCCUCAAGUCUCGGGAGGAUUAGAUAUUCCUGAUGGUGGUCACGAGGCUCAUAAUGUCAUCCGUCAGCCCAUCCCACAAAAUGUUGCAAACAUUCGCAUAUUGAAAAAUAUGUUUGUGAAGAGAUUUGCUAGUGCAACUGAGAAGAUCACGAUCGCUGACCUCGCUCUGGAUAAGAGAAAAAGAGAAGAAUCAGUGACUAAAUACAUCACUCGCUGGCAAAAUUUGAGCAUGAAAUGUGAGCAGCAGUUAGAAGAAGAACAUGCAGUACAGUUGUUAAUGUGCAACAUAGAUGACAAGAUGCAACCCUUCCUGUGCAUGUCUACAAUCAACAUAUUUCAAGACUUGCUUAAUAGAGUGGCGAAGUUCGAGAAACUGAAUUUUUCCAGAUCAGAAAAUCACUCUGAUAAGCCCAAGAAGGCUAAGGCCCCGGGUGCUAGAAGGGGUGAGGCCGACUCUACGUUCUUCUCUAGAGCUGAUAGAGAAAAACAAGUGAUUUACAACGUAGACAAAGGUACUUCAAAGUCUGGAAGGGUGAAAUCCUCCAAGAAGAGAACCAAGCUGAAGAAGCCCAAUGAGAAGAUGACUACGACUCAAAGGGUUAUCGACAGUUUGGAUGAAUACUACCAAACUGUGAGGCGACCUAUCAAGCUCAUUGACUUUAUGACAGAGCUUAAAAUAGAUGAAGCCAAAGAAGGAGAUGAAGAUUCUCUUCCCAAAGAAGUAUGUAAGGUCAUCUCGGUGGCGUCGAGGAAAGUGCAGGCAUUGAUUCUAUCUCCUACAAGAGAGCUUGCUGCACAGACUGAAAAAGUCAUAUUAGCAAUUGGUGAUUACAUAAACGUGCAGGCUCAUGCUUGUAUUGGUGGAAAGAGCAUAGGGGAGGAUAUUCGAAAACUGGAAUAUGGAGUUCAUGCGGUCUCAGGAACUCUUGGUAGAGUUUGUGACAUGAUCAAGAGAAGGACCUUAAGGACAAGAUCAAUUAAAUUGCUAAUUCUUGAUGAGUCAGAUGAGAUGCUGAGCAGAGGUUUUAAUGAUCAAAUAUAUGAUGUUUACAGAUAUCUUCCCCCCGAUCUUCAGGUUGUUCUAAUAUCUGCCACACUUCCUCAUGAAAUAUUAGAAAUAACUGGCAAGUUCAUGACGGAUCCUGUGAGAAUACUGGUCAAGCGUGAUGAGCUAACUCUGGAGGGUAUCAAACAAUUCUUUGUUGCUGUUGAGAGGGAGGAGUGGAAAUUUGAUACUUUGUACGAUCUCUAUGACACGCUUACUAUCACCCAAGCUGUUAUUUUCUGCAAUACUAAAAGAAAGGUAGGAGAUGCUGGUGUAGAAGUCAGGCCGCUGGUCACGGCGGUCCCUCCCGACGGUCCAAUCUCCAUUAGAGUAGAAGUUGAUCAUGGCUUUGAGAACGAUUCAAUGCGGCCAAAAAUCUGGUUUCGUUACCUGGGCCGAUGA